CCUGCUGGACCAAUCAGCGUACAUGAUUAUUCGGUGUUAAAUUACGCCAAACUGACGCGCGCUGAAGGUCGGAACGACCACCGUAGAACCGGCAGGCCUGGCGCUCAACUCCACCAUCGAAUGCACGAGGUGCUGUUCCUCGGAGGUCAUGGCUUUCAAAUACGCCGGUGCAGAACCUGCUGGAAUGACCACCGUAGACUCGGCAAGCCUGGCGCUCAUUUCCGCCAUCGAACGCAAGUGGUGCUGUUCCUCGGAGGUCAUGGCUUUCAAAAACGCCGGUGCAGAACCUGCUGGAAUGACCACCCUAGAACCGGCAGGCCUGGCGCUCAACUCCACCAUCGAAUGCACGAGGUGCUGUUCUUCGGAGGUCAUGGCGUUCAAAUACGCCGGUGCAGAACCUGCUGGAAUGACCACCGUAGACUCGGCAAGCCUGGCGCUCAUCACCGCCAUCGAACGCAAGUGGUGCAGCUCCCCAGAGGUCAGGAGACAAACCUGGCGUUCACGCCGGUGCAGAACCUGCUGGACCAAUCAGCGUACAUGAUUAUUCGGUGUUAAAUUACGCCAAACUGACGCGCGCUGAAGGUCGGAACGACCACCGUAGAACCGGCAGGCCUGGCGCUCAACUCCACCAUCGAAUGCACGAGGUGCUGUUCCUCGGAGGUCAUGGCUUUCA